AUGACACUCCUCUACAUCCGGGGCCGCACCCCCUUCCCCCCAGGAGCAAAUGCCACCGACGUGAUAAUCAACGAAGUACACUUCAACCGCGCCGAGCUAGACCACUACAACUACACGCUCUACUCAAACGGCACGCUCUCCAACGGCACAGAAUGCUACCUAGUCUUCAACCAGUGGCGACCGCACCUGACCCCCGCGAACGGGACCUUCGUCAACGGCACCUCGUGCUACUCGCCCGUCAACGACAUCGGCCCCCACGCCUCGGCGGGCCUCGUCUUCGCCAUCCUGUUCGUCGCGUCUAUCUUCUUCUCGGGGCUCAACCUCCGCAAGCACGGCCGGCAACACCUGCCCGUCGACCGCCGCUGGAACAUCAUCGGCCGACGUUGGAAAUGGUACUGGCUGAUGGCGUUGGCCGCCUGCGGCACGAUCAGCUGCUUUAUGAGCGUUGAUGUCGAUAGGUCGUAUCUGCAGCAUACGCCACUCAUCCUGCAGAGUGUAUUCUACACUGUCCUCACGCCACUAUGCAUGGCCGCCGUCUGGGAGGGUGUUCGACAUUGGGGCUCCUGGCAAGAGCGCCAAAUCUUCGACCGCGACCCCUACGCCUUCCAAACGCGCAGCACGCGCGAAUACCAAGAAUUCCUCCUCCCCAUCCUCUUCUACCUCUGCACCCUCGUCACCACCUUCCUCACCGUCCUGCGCAGCUGGUCCGCCAUCGAAAAGCAGCGCAGCCCCCACCAGCAAUCCCACACCGCAAAGCCCAUGGCCACAGACACCCGCUGGCACGCCGCAGGGUUCACCGCGCUGGCAGGCACCCUCCUCAUCUGCUACAGCCUCGAGCACAGCAUCUACCGCUACAAAGCGCCGCCCACAACCCCCGCCUCCAUCCUCACCUUCUACCUCCGCUCCGCGCCCUCGCAGUACCUAGUCGCUCUCGGCCUGUUAGGGAUCAAAGUCGGCUAUGCCAUCGCGGGCGCGUAUAUCUGGGACGUGUCUCCCCUGCGCUAUGACGUCCCCGGCGGAUAUCUCUACGGGCUGGGCUAUACCCCCGCGCUACUCAUCAUCGCGCUCUUCAACGUCUGCGGCUUCUGCGAGCUAAACGAAGACAUAGCCCUCCUCGCUAACCGCGACGUCUUCGAAACAGCCCUCGCCGACGACGUCGGCAUACCGGGGAAACGACCCCCCUGGUGGCGCAAGGAUCGGCUGCGUGCUAUCGCGCGUGAAAUCAUCCCCUAUUCCACUACUUCUUCGCCGCGCACCGACCACGACGAUAUGACCCGCUUCGUCGAGUUGGGUAUUAUCAAGCCUCAUCCGCAGGAGGAGGGGAAGCCUCCUCAGGAAGAGGACAUGCAGGUGAAAGAAGAAGGAAAAGAAGGGAAAGAAGGAGAGGCUGUUGGUGGUGGUGGUGGUGGUGGUGGUGGUGGUGGUGGUGUGGACUGUCCUCCCCGCGUGACGGUCCGUUCCACCAGCGAGACUACCACUAGCACCACGCUUGCGCCUACGCCUACGCCGUCGUCGUCUUCUACCUCCGGGCCGGAUCUCACGACUCACCGGAUGGAGUAUGUUGUGCAGCCUGGGAAUGGGGAGGUAGUGUGGGAGGAGGGGGCGGGCGGGGUGUGGACUGGGGUGGAACGUCGUUGA